CGCUAACAAACAACCAUCUCUAAUAUCAAGCAACAUGGCCGACAAACUCCGCACCCAGCAAGAACUCGAGCGCCUCCAAGCGAAAUACGUCGGCACUGGUCACCCAGACACGACAAGCUGGGAAUGGCGCACCAACAUUCAGCGCGACACAUACUCUUCCAUCGCCGGCCAUAGGCCUCUUCUCUCUUAUAUCGCGCUUGCUGAGAAUGAACCCAUUACCAAGAUUCGCGCGCAGAUGAUCAGGAAAAUGGUACAGCCUUGUGGUCCUCCUCCGCCACGCGAGGAUUAGAGCGGACGGACAAUACGAUAUCGCAGGCAGAACUAAGAGAUUCAACAUGGCUUCGUUUCGCUCGGGAAUUUGGAAAGGCGUCAAGGAUUAAUACCCCUAUGGUAGGGAAGAUUUUAGACCUACAAUACGAUAUUUCACCAUACAAGAUCGCGAACAGUCUC